AUGUCUGCUGCUUCGGAGGAAGUAAUUUUGAUUAAGCCUUUAUCGCCUCAUCCUUCCGUUAUACCUAAUGGGAUAACCUUGGUACCCAUCCCUGGAGUAUGUAUUUGGCCCUUGGGAGAUAUUCCAGCCGUCUAUGUGUUCCCAGGUCAAAUAAAUGUGGAGAGAUUGAAAAAUGCUAUAGCCUUGUUAAGUUCAAUAUAUCCAUCGAUAUGUGGGAGGUUUGUGAGUCGACGUAAAAUUGAUAAAGAGGGAUAUGAUUUUUAUUAUGAUCUCACUCAAUCAUUGAUCCCAUUAUCCAUCCGACAUUUAACCCAAACCCAAACCCAACAAGACGAUGAUGAUGAGAGAUCGAAAUAUCCUUCAAAUGUAUUCAAAGACCGUUCGAUAAUACAAGAUUCAUUAGAACCAUUUUUACAUCCACUGGGAAAAGAUUAUAUUAUCCCUAAUUCGGAUGCAUAUCUAUUCUCAAUACGGUUAACUUAUCUAUCUAAUUAUGGAAGAAGUGUUUUGGGUUUAAAUCAUUCACAUAUAAUAGGAGAUGGUCAAACGUCAUUGAAUCUAUUACAUUGUUUAGAAAAGUUAUAUAUUCAUGGUGAUGAAAGAUGUCUUGAAUCGAAUUCUGGUACGAUCACCACCAUCAAAAACUUGGAAUUGCCAACUUUCUUUUAUGAUGUAGAUUUACCACCUUAUGAUCCCAAGUGGAAUUUAAGGAAAAAGGAGGUUAUAGGUCAUCCUGUACCUGAAUUGAUAGAAACAUAUAAAAGAAAUGCUCAAGGUCUUGAAAGAUUGAACGUAAUUUUAUCUCAAGACGAAAUCAAUAAAUUGAAAUCACAAGUUCUGGAGUUUUCCCUCGAUCAUGAUUUUGAUGAUGAUGAUGGUGGUCUCGGAGGAACAAAAAAAAUCAAAUUGAGUGAUCAGGAUAUCAUCAGUGGAUGGUGGAUUGAUCUGCAUAAUAGAACAGGACAGGAUAUCGGAGGAGUCACAUAUGUGAUUAAUUGGCGAGAUUAUAUUCGCCCCAACUUAUCAGCGGCAGCAGGGAAUAUAGGUCUGAUGCACCAUUUCACCUUACCAACUUGUGAUGCUCGAUCACUCAAAGAUAUCUAUCGGAUAAGCAAGACGAUCAGAAAAGAGAUUUCACUUUUACAAACUGAACCUGAAGUCUUUCUUCCUCUUUUAUCUCAUCAAGAAUAUCAUCUUCAUAAAUCAGCUGAAGAAGGAAAGGGGCAAAUCUUAACUCCUGACCAAGGUGAGGUACUGGUAAAUUCCAAUAUCAGGAUGAAUUGGCACCUCUCUUUCGGAUUUCCAAUCGACCAAGUAGAAUAUUAUACAGAUUUCACCGCAGUCAGAACCCUUCGUGUAUAUCCAGCCAAUCCUAUUCUCGGGCGAGAAUCCGAAAAAAGGGGUGUAGAAUUGAUGUUCAAAGUUCCAGCGAAACUCAGAACUGUUUUUGAAGAUCUCAUCAAAUCAGACCGUGGAAUUUGGGCGACUUGA